AUGAGUUUCUUCACCAGCAGAAACCCCAGCAUCUCCUCCUACCUGCAGUACUGUGACAAGACCCACAAACCAGAGUCCAUGAUUAUUCUUUUCCGUUGCCCAAGGAACAGCAGGCACCUUAUGGGUUGCGUUCGCUUCCAGAUUGCUUCUCGGAACUGUCUGGCUUUCAUGAGUAGCGUGCUCGCCGAGGACAUAUAUGGAGUGUGGACACGCUGCCAGUCGAAUACCGACCUUCUGAAGGUGCAUCCGCUAUAUCUUCUCGCAUUUGUUUACGAGCAGCGUUAUUACAGAUGGGCGGACUGGGCGGCCUCUCUCUGGAACCAGGUCGCCGAGAUAGAGACCGCGACGAACAUGACCUCUCCAACAUGGAAACGAGAGGUUGAAGUCGAUCGCCUCCGCUCCCUUUCUACAUCUGGCACUCUGCUCAACGAGGUCCAUGCCACCCAUGUGGAGCUUAGUCACAGCGAUACGGUUUUGAGAUUCGGAUUAAAAAUGGGACGAUAUUGCUUAGAUCUCGUUGCCGAGGCAGAGAAUAAGCGACAGGACCUUGGGUUUGAUACCCUGCCUGUAUGGUACAAAUCUGCCUUGGAAGCACGGUUAAAAUACACCCUCACCCAGUGCGAAUCUCUCUCCGAUAAGCUCUUGGAAUUGAAAAACAGACUCAGUGGGCAGAUCGAGGUGGUUCGUAUCACCUCCCCUUCCAAGGUCAAACAAAUAACUAGGGACUGA